AUGUCGCACCAGGCAGCCGCAUUGGCGUCGCUCUUCUCAAAGGCUCGUCUAACGCUCAAGGCUCCCUCAGCCUCCAAAUCCCUCUUCAGAUCGGUCGUCUACUUUGAUCAAGUUCUCAACGUCGAGGCUAUCUUGACUCUUCCCUCCCACCCCCUUCUUCCCAUCGAAUCAAGCUCAACACACGAGGCGCCAUUCGUCCAACCACUUCCUCUUUCUGCGCUUUCAGCCCGCGCUCAGUUAGGCCAGCAGAACAUCCCUCCCUACCUCAACGCUCUUCUUGCUUGCCUCCACGUCAAUCUCUAUACCGACUAUGUGCCUCCCCCAACACCAUCUUCGCAAGUACCAUCCAGGCCAACAAACCCAUACGAACCGCUCUCCACAGUGCAGCUACAAUUCGAGCACCUUCAACUCCUACCAUCACAUGCACAACCCUCAGAUCCAGCUCAUGCACAGCAUGCUGCCGUUCGCGCAUUCUCCAACUCGUGGGCAGGGAAUCAACCUCCCAAACCGCAUCGCACCUUGAAAGACUCUGCAGACUCUUCCAGCUCGCCCUUAUCGACUUUGUCUUCUCAUCAUGCCCAUCUGACGCAUGACGGACAACACUGGAGAGUGCAUUGGCACUGUCGUGUCCCCAUCAACUUUAUCGCCACACCCUUUUCCCCCUUGCUGUCCAUCACAGCUGCCCUCACACUCCGACUCGACGAUGCCCUUCUAGAUCAAUAUAUACCCAACUCAUCAUCUCGCAGUUCCAUUCGAUCUGGAUUUGCGCAUUCGCUCUUGGCUCCGCUGCACGAAGGACCAGUCUAUCCAGAUGAAUCCCCACUUCAAAGCCAGGCACGAGCCAAUGCUUCUUCCGCACUCGGUCUCGACGGUCCCAACGGCCUAGGGUCUUACCUCGCACACCUCCCCAGAGACGUGGUUGGAGGCAACAACGCUGUCGUCACUCCUCGCUCCGGUGCUCAGGCUCUCAGUACCAUUCAGCAGCGCAGAAACGAUGCUCUCUCCGUCGACACCCAGCAUCGACGGCAGUUCCCCAAGCCGGACAGCAACGGCGAUCUUGCUGUACUCUCCCCGCGUUCAGCGUCUGGCUCCAUCCUCACCACCUCCGCUUCUUCUCAGGGCACUAGUCGAUCCUCUGCUCUCGGUCUCCAGUCCGAGAACUACUCAUCAGGGCUACAGAUCUACAAGCGCAGCACAAGAGAAGUUUUGCCGCUGAAAACAGGUCUCAACGUUCGCAUGCGUACGCUCGUCACCCAACACGACCCAUUCAUCUACCGUCGACCAUCCUCACACCAGUCUCUAGCACAGCUGGAAAGUAGUCGACUCGUGCUCAGUGUCGAGCUCGAGAACCCGUUCGAAUCCGACUCCACAUUCACGCUCAAGGAUAUCCAGAUCAAGAUCGAUCCUACUUGCGCCAAUGAUCAACAAGACGCACACAAUGUCGUGGUGAAAGCGCUAGAGCCCAUGUCGUCGGCGUUGCCAAUCGAAUUGACUCGCGGUAGCCAGCAGAAUUUGCUGUUCUACGUAUAUGUUGACUCGCAUCACACCCUGCAUACUCAAUCUGCUUCCAGUGUUGGUGGUGGUGUUGAUAGCAGUACAAGUGCAAGGAAUCUUACCAUUACAGUCUCCGCUCAGCCUCGUCGUCGUCUGGACAAACAAGUGCUGGCCGACUUUGACUCGCAGUGGAAUUGCGCUCUUGAUCUUGCACCUGUAUGGUCGGAUGCUGCUAAGAAGAGCUUUAUUGCUAGUGGGUCCAGAUUGGCUUCAACAGCAAUGAAUGUGGCAGUGAGCCAAGGUCCAGUGGCAGGAAAUAAGCUGUAUUCUGCCUCUGCGCUAAGGUCGGCUGUACGCCAGCUUGAUAAUCGCAACACUUACCAGCAGGCGGGAGGAAGGGGAGGGGACCGUGUUGAAGAUAUACGAACUCCUCGACCAGGACAGUUGGGUAUGGGUUUCCCUCCACCCAUGAGGACUAGCUCGGAGCAGGAUGAUGAUGAAUUCCUGCAAAAGGCUAAAGCGAGAGCUGCAUCUCACCAGUCCCUUUCGACUCGCCUCAACAACAAGGACACAGUAGAAAGGCAAAUCAAACCAUGGAUGGGCAGCUCAUCUUGCACCCUCUCCCCUUCUGCUGCGACAAGAGGCGCUCUGAUUAUCCUCUCAACCCUUCGUCGAGCCGAUUCCCCACCAAACACCCACAAGCCAGGCCAGCUUGCAGGAAUCACACUGGAAUCGAGGCCAACUCUGGGGGAAGAGCAAGUUGCGCUCGCAUCUGUCUCUACCGAUGCCAAGGUGCUGGAUCCUGUUUGCAUCGGUCCGCCCUGCGUUGCCAUUGGUGCUGCGCAUGAUGGAAGAGGGGGAGUAAGUGUGCAAACGGGAGACACUAUUGUUGUGCAUCUCACGCUACUACACAAAGCUUUGCCUACAGAGGCAAUCCGCAAUAUCGUCUUCUCCUGGUCCACUCCUUCCCACCACCACACAGAACCGACUACAAGAACCAACAGAGAUCCAAUAGACACAGACACCCUUCUGACAAAAACAAAAUUCAUCGACACACACACAACGCCCCUCCAACCCUCGCUCAGUUCUAGACAGCCAGAGAAUAGAAAGAAUCUCAUUGCACUGCAAGACCAUCUUGCACUACACGAGGUACUGUCCUCCGGUCAAUGCAGUAAAGUCGCACUAGCACUCAGAUGUCUUUACCCCGGUUACCAUACUCUACCUUCGCUCAAGAUAAGCUUGCAAGUAGAUACGGGAACGAACGAAGCACAGGAGGUCAUCUUCUUCUUGCAAAGUCUAGGCGCCGUCUUCGUUGGUCCUGCUGCUGGCUUGUGA